AACAGGUUACAAGCCACAUAUAAAACUUCACUGUAUAGUGCAAACACCGCAAUGCUUUCUGCGUCCGCAUCGUUGUCUACUGCAAGAACAAACAUGGCAAGGAGAUCACCAAAUCUUGCCAGAGCCAGAAACGUACUGAUGAAGAGUAACCAACGCCAAUACCAAAGACACUACUCAUCCGAGGUUCCAAAGGAGCCUAAGCCAUUUUCAUUGACCAAGUUUAUUUUCAAGCUGUCGUUGUUGACAGCAGGAAUCUAUGGUACUGCUGCGACGGCGGCUUUGCUAUAUGAACCAUUACAGGAGCCAUACCUUGAAUACUUCCCAUACGGUGAACAGGUGAUGGACAAGAUUGAUUAUGCCUGGAAGCAUAAACAAGAAGUAAAGGAUUUUGACUACAAAAAGUACUACAACACCACUUACUCACAGGUGGCCUCUUCCAUCAACGACACUGCCGCAAAGGUGGGUCUCGACGACUACAUCAAUAUCCCACAUAAAGGAAUUGAAUCAAUUCCAGUGACACCAUCUACUCAGCAGAAAUUGGCAGAGGACAAGAAAAAGGAGGAGAAGUUUUUAGUUUUGUCCAAUUCUGAUGCAAGCAAAGAAAAGAAAAUCACCCUUCCUUCGAUUUCAAUCAAGUCUGACGAUCCAAGAAUCACCAACUUGGUUGCCUCUUUGAACAGCCUAAUCUCCGAGUUCAACUCCUCCAAAAUUAAUGAGCAGUCGAAUAAAGUUAUUGAAAGCAUUGUUUCUAGCGUGAAUGAGCUUUCUUCUAAGUUUGAUAACAAAGAAAUCAAUGUCUUAGCAGAGGAAAAAGUUGCUUCAAUCAAGCAGAAGUUAGAGCAAGAAAAGACCAUUCUUGUUUCGAACUUGGCUAAGACUGCUGAGCAAACAAAACAAGAAUUGGAAGCAAAGCACAGGGAAGUGCUGUCCAAGGAAAUUUCUGAAACUGAAAAAACACUUGCUUUAGAAUACGACAACAAGUUGAAAAAGAAGGAGUUGGAUUUGGUUGACAAGUUCAGCAAAAACGUUUCUUCUAGGAUCGAAAGCGAGAGAAACAACAAAUUGAAAGACUUAGAAAUUUUAUCGAAGAGGAUCGAUGAAAUAGAGAAGUUUGAACUUCAACUAUCGAAAGUUGCCACCUCAUACACCACUUUCAAGGAGGUCAGAAAAUCAAUCUCGAAAGUUAGAGAACUACUCAACUCAAAUGUUUCCUCUAACAUCCGUGGUGAAAACUUGGUUGCAGAAAUCAACAACUUAAAAGAACUGACCAAACCUUUAGACAAUGACUUGAUCAAUGUCACCCUUGAAUCCCUUCCAUCCGAGAAAGAAUUAUUAAUAAACGGUGGUGUGUUGACACAGGCUCAAAUUUUGACUAGAUGGGAGCUCUUGGCUCCAGAGUUGAGAUCUGUCUCCUUAUUACCUGAAAACCCAGGUAUUUUGGGAUAUGCUUCCUCUAAGAUUUUCUCCAAAUUUCUGUGGUCUAAAUCUGGUGUUCCAGUCCAGAACGAUAAUGAUUUAAUAGGCAACGAUGUUGAAUCCGUUAUUGCUAGAGUCAACAAUCACUUGCAAAAGAACCAGCUCGAUAAUGCUGUCGAAGAAGUCACCCACUUGAAGGGUGUUGCUAGAGAACUUGCAAACGAUUGGUUAGUUGAUACAAGACGUAAGCUAGAAAUUCAAUUCUUAGUUGACCUUCUUUCGACAGAGGUAAACAUAAGCGCAUGAUUCGAUGAUUGCCCACCACUUUUAUAAUAUCAUACAUACAUACAUACAUACAUAUAUAUAUAUAUAUCUUGUUUCUUUCUUUAUAUAGCUUAUAUCUGCUGACUAUUAU